AUGAGCGGAUUCCGGUUCCUCAAUCUCGUCCGACCAUUCCUUCCUAUCCUUCCAGAGGUCUCGUCACCAGACCGGAAGGUUCCAUUCAACCAAAAAGUGCUAUGGACAGCCGUCACCCUCCUCAUUUUCUUGGUCUGCUCGCAGGUCCCCCUCUAUGGCAUCAUGUCAUCAGACUCAUCCGACCCGCUCUACUGGAUGCGCGUCAUCCUUGCCUCGAAUCGUGGAACACUCAUGGAGCUCGGAAUUACACCCAUAGUGACUAGCGGGAUGAUCAUGCAGCUACUGGCUGGCGCGAACCUCAUCGAAGUCGACUUUUCGCUGAAGGAGGACCGAGCGUUGUUCAGUGGCGCACAGAAGCUAUUCGCACUCAUCAUUUCGCUCGGUCAAGCGACCGUGUAUGUCCUUACUGGUCUCUACGGUCAACCCCGCGAUAUUGGUGCUGGAGUCUGUUUACUGCUCAUCAUCCAACUCAUCUCCGCGUCGCUUAUCGUUAUUCUCCUGGACGAGCUCCUGCAAAAAGGCUAUGGUCUCGGCUCAGGCAUCUCGCUGUUCAUCGCGACGAACAUCUGCGAGUCGAUCGUCUGGAAGGCUUUCUCGCCAACGACCGUCAACACAGGCCGUGGCCCCGAAUUCGAAGGCGCCAUCGUCUCGCUCUUCCACCUCCUAUUUACUUGGAACGACAAGGGCCGUGCUCUCCGCGAGGCGUUCUGGCGCGAGCGUCUCCCGAAUGUCAUGAAUCUCAUUGCGACCGUCGUCGUCUUCGCCGUCGUUAUUUAUUUGCAGGGUUUCCGCAUCGAGAUUCCCGUCAAAUCGAACAAGUUCCGCGGCCAGCGCGGCUCGUACUCCGUCAAGCUAUUCUACACAUCCAACAUGCCGAUCAUGUUGGAGUCUGCACUCACGUCGAACGUUUUCAUCAUCUCGCAGAUGCUCUUUUCGCGCUUCCCCGAUAGCUUGUUGGUCAAACUCCUUGGGGUUUGGGAGCCGUUCGAAGAUUCUCCUCACCUCGCCGCCGUGUCCGGUAUCGCGUACUACAUGUCCCCUCCGCAUACCGUCAAAGACGCUGUCUUGGACCCGAUCCACACCGCUAUAUACAUCACCUUCAUGCUCAGCGCAUGCGCCAUGUUCUCCAAGACGUGGAUCGAAGUCUCCGGCAGCGGCCCGCGCGACAUCGCGAAGCAGCUCAAGGACCAACAAAUGGUCAUGGCUGGUCAUCGCGAAGGAUCGAUGUACAAGGAGCUCAAGCGCGUUAUUCCUACGGCGGCGGCACUCGGCGGCGCCAUCCUCGGUUUGCUAUCCGUCGCUGCGGACCUGAUGGGCGCGAUUGGAAGCGGAACGGGUAUCCUCAUGGCUGUCACUAUCAUCUAUAGUUACUGGGAGAUUGGUAUGCGGGAAUCGGGCGCGCCUGAACUGGCUGCAUUGGGAGAUCUCCUGUAA